CCACCUCUUAACUAGACUCUCUGUUCAGUACUUUUAAUUUACCAUUUUUCUACUCAAGGACUCACUGUUCUCUCUUUGUGCCCUUCGGCGAUUACGAAGUUUUUCCCAACAGACACGAACCACCGGCCAAAGCUGCCCAGCUUCGAUUUCAUCGAAACUCUCUUUCCCUCUCCCUCCUACCUAUUUACUCCCCGGUCGCUGGCCGACUCCGCCUUCUCCAUACUCUCUCUCUCUCUCUCUCUCCCCGACAUUGUUGUCUCCGUCUCCAAUCUCGCCCAUCCUUCAGGGAAUUUUGCUCGGUUCGUCGCGAGUUUUUGAUUUUGCCGGAGAUCAUGGCCGCGACUGCGACUCCCGGGACCCAUGUGGCUUCGAUGAAGCCGGGCGCCGCUCUCCGUAGAUCGCAUGCCAAGCCGUGCGUGGCGUUCUUGGGUGCGGAGCGGAGAGAAGCGUCGUGGGCGAAGCUCGCGAGCUCUUCUCACGUCUCCUCCAGGGACUCGUUGUCGCGGAAACGCGCUCCGGAGCCUGUUGCCUUCAGGAAUGCCGUAACUAGAGCUAUGGCCAGUGUGAAUGAAAGCCGCCCUUUACCGGGAUUGCCCGUUGAUUUAAGAGGCAAGAGGGCUUUUAUUGCUGGUGUUGCUGAUGACAAUGGAUAUGGAUGGGCAAUAGCAAAAUCUCUUGCUGCUGCUGGCGCCGAAAUCCUUGUUGGUACAUGGGUUCCGGCACUAAAUAUUUUUGAGAGCAGCCUAAGGCGCGGGAAAUUUGAUGAAUCACGAGUAUUGCCAGAUGGUUCCUUAAUGGAAAUCAACAAAGUUUAUCCAUUGGAUGCGGUUUUCGACAGUCUUGAGGAUGUUCCUGAAGAUAUUAGGACAAAUAAGCGUUAUGCAGGUUCUUCAAAAUGGACUGUCCAGGAAGUUGCUGAAUCUGUCAAGCAGGAUUUUGGAAGUAUUGACAUCCUUGUGCACUCACUUGCUAAUGGGCCAGAGGUCACUAAACCUCUGCUGGAAACAUCAAGAAAUGGUUAUCUUGCUGCUAUUUCUGCAUCAAGCUACUCUUUUGUAUCUUUGCUCAGGCACUUUGUCCCAAUUAUGAAUCCAGGUGGUGCUUCCAUCUCUUUGACAUACAUUGCAUCUGAGAGGAUCAUUCCUGGGUAUGGAGGAGGAAUGAGUUCAGCUAAAGCUGCUCUAGAGAGUGACACACAAGUGCUGGCAUUUGAAGCCGGGAGAAAACAUAAAGUAAGAGUAAACACAAUAUCUGCAGGUCCAUUGAGAAGUCGUGCUGCAAAAGCAAUUGGUUUUAUUGACAUGAUGAUCGACUACUCUCUGGAAAAUGCACCCUUACAGAAAGAACUAUCUGCUGAGGAGGUGGGAAAUGCUGCUGCAUUUUUGGUAUCACCUUUGGCGUCUGCCAUCACUGGCACUGUCCUUUAUGUCGAUAAUGGUCUCAACGCAAUGGGAGUUGGAGUUGACAGCCCAAUAUUCGAGAAUCUUGAUAUUCCGAAGUCUAAGUAAGGCGGGUGUCUGAAAACGUGCAUUUGCUUUGUGGGUUCUGCGGAAUUUUUUUGGAAUAGCAAAAAUAAGUGCUUCUAGCUUA